GGGAUUAAAAAGUUCUUUUUCAAAUCUUAAAUUAAACACACAGUUUUAUUCUAAACAGAAGAGAAUAAAAAUGUAUGGUGAUGGUUUUCAAAGACUUAAACAAAAAUUGGAAAUCUCUAACGACAGUACGAAACAAAGUGCGGGACAGUAUGAGGAGCGCGCUUACCAAACGAAAACGGGUGAUGCAUUAUCGACGGGGCAUACCUUAGUCCCGCGAGGUGGCGACGACCGGCACCUCUCCUCUGACUACACAAAGUCGUUCGUAUCCGAUGCACAGCAGCAUCGUAAAGCCGAAUAUACGGGCCACGCGCUUACGUCGAUUAAAGCCACGGAGAGCCCGAGGCGGGCCGCGAACGACACGCGCCUGCGCCUGCGCGAGGUGGCGGCGCUGGCGCUGGCCGCGCUGCGCGAGCACUCGCGCGUGCUGGCGCUGCUGCUGCGGGCGCACUCGCUGCGGGCGCUGCCCGGCGCGCUCGCCUACGCCUGACGGCCGAGCUGAGCGACGGCCGCGUCUAGAACGUUGCGUCGGCGCCAGCACGCGCUGCGCUGUGCGUGUUCGGGGAGGUCUUCUGUAUUGAUCAUUCUUUAUUGCGAUGAGCGUUUUCUUCUUCUGGCCACGUUAUCUACGCAGUAUUGGGGGACAGUUUUGCAGUAACGGAAUUUUGAGAGUAUCUGUGCUGAUGAGGUAUCCGCGACGAACGACGUGGUGUCGUCGCAUGGGUAUCUACUUAUUUUACAAAUAAUACCAAUCAACUGAACAUAGAAACAACAAAUAUCAUGAGACAAUUAUAGUCUUCCCGUCAAUGACAUUAAUGUCUCCGACGUCAAACCCCGAUUAUUACCUUAGAGGAGGAAAAAAUUAUUACUCACAAAACACAAUAUACAUAUUUUUGGACGAAACAAAUUGCCAAUCUGUAAAACAGCACUAGGUACCACAUACACUUUAGCAAAUAUACUGGUACCUAUAUAUUUAAAAACAAGUGGAAAACUUCUAUGAAACUCCAAUUGUAAAUAAAAAAAAUAAUUGACGCGUAAACAAAAAAUAAUUUGUAUACAAUAAUUUGAACUUAUACUAAAAUCAGUGAAUGUUCGUUAAAUUGUCUUAUUCGCAC